AUGUCAACAAUAGGGAGCUUUGAAGGGUUCCAGCCAGUGUCUCUGAAGCAAGAGGGAGAUGACCAUCCCUGUGAGACUGACUACUUAUCCACAAACGACGGGGACUCAGACAAGAAACCAGGACCAAGGAAGAUUUCAAGACAGCUGAGUGUGACUAAAUCAACACUUUACCCCAAUCCUUAUCACCAGCCCUAUGCUUCACGGAAGUACUUUGCUACACGGCCCGGGGCCAUUGAGACUGCAGUGGAAGACCUGAGCAGCCACAUUACACAGACUUCUGGAGAGACCAUUCAAGGCUUCUGGCUCUUGACAGAGAUUGAUCACUGGAACAAUGAGAAGGAGAAGAUCCUGCUGCUCACUGACAAGACUCUCUUGAUCUGCAAAUAUGACUUCAUCAUGCUUAGCUGUGUGCAGAUGCAGCAGAUUCCUCUGAGUGCCAUCUGUCGCAUCUGCCUGGGCAAGUUCGUCUUCCCGGGGAUGUCUCUGGACAAGAGACCAGGAGAAGGCCUUAGGAUUUGCUGGGGGAGCACAGAGGGGCAGACUCUGUUGUCACGCUGGAACCCAUGGUCCACAGAGGUUCCCUAUACAACCUUCACUGAGCACCCUAUGAAGUACACCAGUGAGAAGUUCCUUGAGAUUUGCAAGUUGUCUGGGUUCACAUCGAAGCUUGUUCCAGCUGUCCAGAGUGCUCACAAGAAUUCUGCUGGAUCUGGAAGAGGAGAGGAAUUGAUGGUGUUAGCCCAGCCUAUCCUGAUUGAGACCUACACCGGGCUCAUGUCAUUCAUUGGAAACCGAAACAAACUUGGCUAUUCCCUUGCUCGGGGGAGUAUUGGCUUUUGAGACUCUUUGUUGCAAAGUCCAUCAUCUGUAGAUAACUGAUGUGUUUAAA